AUGUCCAACGAGAUUCUUGUCACAGGCGCGGCUGGCUUCGUCGGCCAGGCCCUCGUCAGCGCCCUCGUUAAAGCCAAUCCUUCUACGACCCUGACCGUCACGGAUGUCUUUGAGCCCUCAAUUCCAGCCGACGUAGCGGGGGAGAGCAAUAAGAUCAACUCACUCAAGGCUGAUCUCACCGAUCCGGAAGCGGUGAGAUCCUUGCUUUCAAAGCAAUUCGACGCAGUGUACCUACUGCAUGGGCUCAUGUCUGGCGGAGCGGAAGCCAACCUUGACCUAGGUCUCAAGGUCAACCUUGACUCAGUCCGAACCGUUCUUGAUCAUCUUCGCAAAGAACAUCCUGGAACCACCGUCGUGUUCACUAGCUCAUGCGCAGUUUACGGCCCCCGUCAACCGGUCAUCGAGAGCGAGACGGUGCCGAAGCCGAAAACGUCGUAUGGCACCGAGAAGCUCAUCAUUGAGUUAUUAGUGGAGGACUACUCACGACGCGGUCUUAUCGACGGCCGAAUUGUACGCCUCCCAACAGUGACAGUCAGGCCUGGUGCUCCUUCCGCUGCAGCAUCUAGCUUCGCUUCCGGCAUCGUCCGCGAGUCUCUCAAGGGCAUCAAAAACAUCUUACCCGUCAGCCGCGAUCUAGAGAUCUGGGUUUGCAGCCCCGCAACGGUUGUGAAGAACCUGGUAACGAUCAAGGACGUACCGAAGGAGAAGUUUGGAGACUCAAGGGUCGUCAAUCUUCCAGGUAUCACGGUCACGGUCCAGGAGAUCCUCGACGCAGUAGAAAGAAUUGGUGGCAAGGAGGCACUAGCGCAGGUCGAGGAGAAGAGGGACCCCGCAAUUUUGGCCAUUAUAAAUACUUGGGCGGCUCGGUUCGAUGUCAGCAGGGCGUAUAGCCUGGGCUUGGAACCAGAUGGCCCGAUUUUAGAAGCUGUUGAGGCGUUUGCUAAGACCUUGGGAGCAUGA